AUGAGCUCUUCUUUUGCCGCCAUCAACCGGGCGGACGAAACGGCCAGGAGCAACGAAUCGACGCCGAGCGAUUCAACAAAAGCUCCCGCCCAAGCAAAAGCUCCUUCGACACAGCCACAGCCACAGUCGCAGACACAGACACCAACGCAGACGCCCGGAUCACAGACACCAGUGCCACAUAUGCCACCGCAGCCUCAUGAAGACACACGGCCAGCAGCACCAACACAGAUGGCACCAACAACGACACCCAUGUCGGAUGUGCCAGCUCACCAACAGGUGCCUUCGCAGACGCCGUCCCAGAUUCCCUCUGCUCAGGUGAUUCCCCCCGUGCAUCCAGCACAACCACCCUCAGAGAUACAGACACAGGCUCACUCGGGGAGGGCGACGGAGGACGUGUCGCAGCCUCCGCAACAAAUGGAGGGCGUGGCUACACAACAGACACAAGGUGACCAGAAACACCCAGAGAGUUUUGCACCAGCACCAGUAGCAGCCCAACAGGCACCACCCGCAGCACCUGUCGUGGAUGCCCCAACCUCUGUUAAAAAGGAAUCGACGUCGCCAAAAGGGAAGGAAAUUGCGGGACCGUCACUUUCGCCGGUGGCUUCGCCAGCAACAUCACCCACCGCUACGACCAACGCCCCGAAACGCAAGAAAAAGGCGUCGGUCAUUACUGCUCAAGUGUGCUCCAACUGUGGUACUACCCGUACGCCUCUGUGGCGCCGAGCUCCUAACGGAGCCACCAUAUGCAACGCCUGCGGCCUAUACCUCAAGGCCCGAAACAUCUCGCGACCCACGCAUCUAGAGAAACCACCGGCAACUGCUACAAUUUAUUUGCCAGGCUCGCAAUCGACAUCCCCUGCCCUGUCUGCAGCCGAGGUGGAAAAACGAGACAGCUGCGAAACACGGGAUGGAGGAUGCUGCGGAGGCGCAUGCAAGCCUUCAAACAUGCCGGACGACAAGGACAUGCAGGCUGCAUGCGGAGAUGUCACACUGGGAAGUUGUCCAGGAGACGGCCAUUGUAACGGAACUGGUGGAUCGGCUGCCUGCUCGGGUUGCCUGGCCUACAAUAACCGUAUCAACAAGGCAGUCCAGCUUGCCAACCAGCGUAAGGACGAUGAUGGGACGAAAACUGAGCCCGAGACGCCUGGAACUCCUGUUUCAGGCUCAAGAUCAGUGGUUGUCAUUGCCUGCCAAAACUGUGGAACUACCAUCACUCCAUUGUGGCGACGAGACGACUCAGGGUCGACCAUCUGCAAUGCUUGUGGUCUGUACUACAGACUGCACGGUGUGCAUCGACCUGUGCGGAUGAAGAAGAAUAUGAUUAAGCGACGAAAGAGAGUCUUGGAGAAGGACGGUGGGGGAGCAGCAGGGUCGGCUUCCAGCCCUGGUUCAGCUGCUAGUCCCGUGCCCACAGCAGCAGCCACACCUACUCUUGUAGCAGCACCACCACCAACACAAGCAGCAGUGACUCCCUCUUCUAUGGGUCUGGGAGUGACUGGAGCGCCAGUAGCAGCUUCAGUGAGCCCAUCGGCUGUGGCUGCCAGUCCAGCUGGUACUCCAGCUUCUCUGUCUGGCACGCCAAUUGGCACUCCUGUUGCCGCAGCUGCUACACCUGCCGCAUCUACUCCCACUCAUCCCAUGCAGCAGCAGCAGCAACAACAACAGCAGCAGCAACAACAGCAGCAGCCUCAACAUCUUCAGCACCUUCAGCAGCAGCAGCAACAGCAGCAGCACCCCCAGCACAUGCAUGGGGCGGUUGUUCCCCCUCCCGGAGCUCCUGGAGCUGAACAUCUGCCACCUAUGCAUUACCCUUUUCCUCACCCUCCUCCUCCUCCACACCCUCAUGCUCAUCCGUACUACUACCCCUACUAUCCCUACCCCUACCCCUAUCCCAUGCAGGGAAUGCCUCCCCCUCCAAUGCAGUUUCCCACCGGUCCUGAUGGCAAACCUGUUUCGCCAUAUGGCUAUCCAGCUCCUGGUUCCGCCCCUAUGCCUCUAGCGAUGCCUCCCGCAGCUGGUGCAUCGCCAAUUCCCCAGGCCAUGUAUGCUCCUCCUGCGAUUGAUUUCACCCAUUCGUUUAGAGGCAAUCCUGGAACCAGCAAUCCUGGAACCAGCAAUCCUGGGGCGAGCAAUGCCCCUGCUACUCCGGUUCCUCGCAGCGAGGCAAAUUCGCCUGCCAGUGGAGAGAAGCGAAGCGCGUCUCCUUCCUACCAGGACUCUCUGCGUAAGAAGCAGUCGCUUGACCUAUCAAUCCACUCGCUACUGAACACCAAUAGUGGAGAGGAGAGCACUCGGCAGAAACUCAAGGAUUUUCUAGACAUUCAAAUCCCCGACAAUCUGACCAGUCCUGCGGAGAUUCGGGAAUAUCUGAAGGAAAAGCAGAGGGAGAUCAGUGAGAGACUGAAGGAUUUGAACUAG